UCAUCUUCGUGCGACCGUGUUUACAGGAAGCAUGGCUCGCCGCUGCUCGGUGUGACGGUGAUGCUGAUGGCACAGUAACGACAGUUUCCACCGGUGCUCCUGUCGCUUCACGGGGGGAUAUGACCAUGGACAUGACUUUCCUCGGGACCGGCUCGGCCUACCCGUCUCCUCACCGCGGUGCCUCGGCUCUGGUGCUGCGGACGGAGGGGGAGUGCUGGCUGUUCGACUGCGGAGAGGGAACCCAGACCCAGCUGAUGAGGAGCCCGCUCCGAGCCGGUCGAAUCUCCAAGGUUUUCAUCUCCCACCUGCACGGAGAUCACCUGUUUGGUCUGCCGGGUCUUCUCUGCACCGUCAGUCUCAACACCAACCCUGACCCUCAGCAGAGUCCAAACUGUGUGCACAUCUACGGGCCCCGGGGCCUCAGGCACUUUCUCAGGGUGACGCUUGGCCUCACGGGGUCACAGCUGCUCUUCCCUUAUGCAGUGCACGAGCUGGAGCCCACACCUGAGCAGAGUCCAGAGGAGGGACAGCUCAGUCUGGAGAUGACGGCAGAGUGCGGCCCCUUGCACCCACAGGAACAACCGGGCAGGACGAUCCCCCUGGACGUCUCCAGUGACUGUUACCUCCUAUUUGAAGACAAGAAGUUUGUGGUCAAAGCCUUUAGGCUGUUCCACCGCAUCCCUUCCUUUGGGUUCUGCAUUCAGGAGCACAAUCGCCCCGGAAGACUGAAAACUGAACUGCUGAAGGAACUGGGCCUGAGACCGGGGCCUCUCUACGGGCGUCUCAAGGCCGGAGAGUCUGUAACUUUGGAGAGUGGGCGAGUGGUGCGGCCAAGCGAGGUGCAGGAAGAAACCAUCCCAGGGAGGAAGGUCUGCAUAUUCGGGGACUGCAGCGCAGUUCUCGGGGAAGGGCCGCUGAGCUUGUGCAACGGGGCGGACGUCCUGGUUCACGAGGCGACUCUGGCGAACGAGCACCAAGAGAAGGCAGUGGACCACGGUCACAGCACACCGGAGAUGGCGGCGGCGGUGGCCCGGGCUUGCUGCGCGCGGAAGCUGGUGCUGUACCACUUCAGUCAGAGGUACAAACCCAGCUCCCUGCAGAAGGAAGGGGACGAGGACGACGUGUCCGAGCUCAAGAGACAGGCUGAGGAAGCUCUGCAGGACAGUGGUGUGGAGGUGACUCUGGCUGAGGACUUUCUGACUCUGCCCAUUCCCCUCAGAAGGCCAAUGUAAUAAACAGUGAGUUUAGGACUUGGCAGGUAUGUUUUUUAAAAAAUUUUUGUAUACAUCAGUCUUCAUCCGCAGCGGUAGUUUGAUCCAUCACUAUGGGGAUGUAGAUGCUCACAAUCUCCAUUAUUGUUCAGAUUGUUUUUUGAAGUUUAUUGUGAUGGUUCAUUCCUGGUCGUUGAAACAAUUGGUAAAAACAAUCUCUGCUCGAGUUGCAUUUACUUGCUUGUUCUGGCCUGCAAGUGCAUCCCAUCAUGGUCUGUAGCCGCAGAUGUCAACUUUUAGGCGAGCAUGGAUGCGAUGUGAGGCUCAGAAAACUUUAAAAUGACUGAGCAGACUUCAGCAGCAGAUGAAGACUGAGAGCUAACUGUCAAACUCCAGAGCAAUGAAGUGGACCUUGAGCUGACUGCUCUGGAGUUUGACAGUUUUUCCCAGCUGUUUCCACAGUUAAAAGUACUGUCAGAAUUUUAAUUUAAAACUAAAAAGUAACUCUUACGGGUCUAUUCAUGCCUUGACUGUGAAGUAAACCCAUAAUGUAACUACAAUGUUUUCACAGCUUCUGUGUAAUGGUAAAGAACAUGUGAUCGUCUCCGAACAUUUUCCAGAGCUUUAUUUCUGGAUCUGUACACAAGGUAUUAAAGUACAACAGAAAAUACAAAAUAAUGUUUAACAAAAAAAAGAAAAGAAAAAAGAACAACUCAAUGUUUAUGUACAAUUCUUAUAAACAAUAAAGAUAGCUUCUUGAACAUUU